GCGAGAAAGCACAGGAGCCGAGCGAGAGAAAAAAAACAUGAACAAGAACAAGAAGAGUUUCCUGUGAAUUAAACCUCGUGACAAACCCUAGACAUGUCCAACCCGUCCACACCGGUACCGGGGACUCGCUCGGAACCGUAAAGAUGAGCUCGAACCGCAGGUCACGCGCCUUUUCCCUGAAUUUACGGCUAUGAAUUUCUCCGAGCAUGGGGAAGUUUCAGAUGAGGCGAUGCCAGAUGAAGAACACAAGCAUGUCCAGGACAUUAAGGAGGAAGCGGAGGACUAUGCUGUUUGCGAUCUACCUGAAGGACGUGGAGGAGGAUCUCAUGCGACCUCUGAGGCUGGUAAGCGGACAUCUGCAGAGAUGGGUCCUGAAACCGACCUGUCCUCCAGCAGCAAGAGAGCCAAAGUCUCUGCAGAGAUGAGGAGGCACUUGAUCGAUGUGAGCAGCAGACAUGAGCCUCUUUGCCUCACCACAACCGGAGAGAACAGGGACUGCGUCCAGGAGAAGUCCAGGGCGUCCUACAGAAAGCCUCUCUUCAGCAUCUCCCACAGGAUCUCAGAGAAGAGGAAUACACCGAGUCUGGAGCAGCAAACCAGUCCUGAUGCUGGAAAUCCGCUCAAUUACAGCAGCGUCCUCUCGUCCAAGCUCCAAAAUUCAGAGGAAAAAGACAAAUCGGAGACCCUCCCCACCACAGACAGUUUAGGCCAAGCUUCAACAACAAACUCCAGCCUUUAUCCACUGAUUGAGAAAAUGUUUUUUAUUCUCAAUACCCUCAAUUCGAGCAUGACACAACUUCAUAGCAAAGUGGACUUGUUAACACUCGAAGUCCUGCGCAUAAAAAGGCAGAUCAAACCAGCCGAGAUGGUGACGGAGUUCCAGCCUCCUCCUGAAUAUCUACUAACAAGUGAUGAAUUGAAUCAGCUGAUGGAGCAGACAUCCGGUGCGGGGGAGCUCGGGUGUCGGCUGCUGGUGCAUCUCUUCCCAGAGCUGUUCAAAGUAAGGGAGUGCUCUCAUGAAUGCAUGGCGAGCAAGAGAAUGCUGGAGUCUCUGCAUCUGCAGCUGAUCCGUAACUACGUCGAAGUAUGCUACCCGUCAAUCAAGAACAACAGCGUCUGGCAGGAAGAAUGUCUCCUCCAGAUUAAUGACUUCUUUAAUCGCUUUUGGGCGCAGAGGGACAUGGAGAGCGCUCAGCUGCUCCGGAAGCAGACACUCACAGGUGCUCUGAUAAAAGCUGAGCAGCCUCAAACCUACCAUUUCAUCAAUGAGCAGGGUCAGGAGGAACAUGUCGCUCUAGAUAACCAGCAAAGCAGCCUUGCUGAGUCAGACCUUGCUUUCACUACUCAAGCCACAGAAGACAUCGAUGAGUUCUCGUCCCAUGAGGACUUAAUUUUUUUUCUCAUGCACCGUCUUUUCCCUGAGGUGUUUGAAGCGGGAAAAAUGCCUGAAGGCUCCAGUAGCUUCAGUAGAGUGGGGCAGCUCUUUCUAGAAUCUGACAAGAUGGAAAUUAUAAGAAAGUAUAUGGAGGCAAAUUUCCCUGAUGUACCUGAGGACAGCUGGCUCCAGGUCUGCAUUCAGCAUAUGGAGGAUGCUCUCGAGGGUCCUCACAGUAAUGGUAAUGGGAGUGAACCUGACAAUAUCAACGAUGAUGGCUAUGAUGCAGUCAGCCUUUCAGAAAAUGUUUCUAUUAUUAAAGUUCCCGAGGCGGCUGAUUAUGAAAGGCCCAAUCGCAAAUCCAAAAAGUCCCUGCUCUCCCCCGUGGAUUUUGACAAUCUGGAGAUUCCGGUACCCGACUUCACUGUCCCCCAGGGGUUCCUCUUGUCCCUGGAGCAGCUGAAAUUCAACUAUGAAUGUAGCUUGUCCAUUGGGAACUUUGCCUCUCGGCUGCUGGUGCUUAUGUUCCCUGAGCUCUUCACCCACGAGAACGUAAGGAAGCAGUACAACUGCAGUGGUUCUCUUGGGAAAAAGCAGCUCGACCCUGUUCGUGUAAACCUGAUUCGUCACUAUGUGCAGUUAGUCUACCCUCGGGCCAACAACGACAGAGUGUGGAUGUUAGAAUUUGUGGGGAAACUUGAUGAGAGGUGUAGGAGACGUGACACAGAGCAGAGGAGAUCCUACCUGCAGCAACGCAAAGUGUAUGGGCAAGAGUCUGAGCAGGACUUCCUUUGCCAGCUGAGCCAGCUCAAUCCAGAUAUUAGAGAGGACUCAGAUAUUCCCUCUUUACCUCCUGAGAAAAGCAGCAAAGAUUUUUGCAAAAUUCCUCUGGAUGAACUGAAUGUAUCCAAACCUGACUUCCCCGUACCGUCAGCCUACCUGCUCUUAGACACCGAGGUACGGGAGAUCGUCCAGCAGAGUCUCUCUGUUGGGAACUUCGCAGCCCGUCUGCUCGUGCGCCUCUUCCCUGAACUCUUUACACAGGAGAACCUGCGGUUGCAGUACAACCAUUCAGGGGCCUGCAACAAGAAGCAGCUCGACCCUGUGCGCCUCAGAUUGAUCCGUCACUAUGUGGAAGCAGUGUAUCCUGUGGAUAAGAUGGAGGAGGUGUGGCACUAUGAAUGUGUGCCUAGCAUUGACGAACGCUGCCGGCGCCCUAAUCGCAAGAAGUGUGACAUUCUCAAGAAGGCCAAGAGGUCAAGCACUGUGUCCUAGUUACAGUACUCUCCAGUUAGGCAACACCUUUUGUCAUGAAAAAUAAUUGCACAUUAUAUAAGCUGAAACCGCAUUGUUGAACUUUUACAUAACUGUCCUAUGUAGGAUGAAGCCAAGCUGGUAAGAGUUUCUUCAGUACUAUUCUUUGUCAUAUUUUAUAUUUGGACUACAGCAAUAGAUGUUGUAGUGUAUGCAGUCUUAUUAAUGUUGGCUCAAGACUUAAAACUGCUUCUAUUUAUAAGCCAAAACUGUCAUAGCUUAUCUAACAUUCUUUGUUGAUAAAUGUUGUAGCCUUAACAAGAAUAACAAUUAUAGUAGCUGAUACCAUCACUCACACAUUUGCUCUAUGGAUAGCAAUGAUUCAGAACUAUGUGAUGAGACAGGUGACAAACUAAAGGAAAAACCUGAGUAAAUGAGAGACCGUUAAUAUCGGGAUCAGAGGCUCCAAACAUUCCCCAGUUUCUCCUGCCGGAACCUGAGUAAAUACUCGGGAGGAUGGCUGAAUCAGCCGAUAAGAGAAAACAGCUAGAGAUCCUCUGCAGGAUUCACUGCGAAAGAGUGAGUGUGUUGAUGACAUUUCUAAAAUGAAAUAAAACAAUUAUCUCAGGGUGAAAAGGCGAUGCUACACACAUAGAAGAAACUGACAAAGAUGUACAGGGGCCUCAUUUAUAAUUAUUGUGCACGCACAAAACAGGGCUGACACUUGCGUACAUCACUUCUCACGCAAAACGUUGGGAUUUAUAAAAACAAACUUGAAUGUGCGCACUUCCACGCUAACUCUGAACCAUGCGUACGAACAUUUUGGAGAUGGGAAAAUGACGAUGCAGAUGUGGGGUGGUGAAAUGAAGCAGAUUAUUGAUCCACUUCAUCAUUACCAUUAAAACCAACAGCUUUGGUUGUCCUCGUGCGACAAAACUGAUCCAUAAGAACCUUCCAUUGAAAAGGAUAUAAAACAACUUACAGUAAAUUACGUUCAGAUACCAUUAAACAGCUUAGUCAUUAAUAGUUUUUAAUAAUAUAUUUAAGACUGUGCAUGUAUCAUCAAGGACAAGUGUGUGUGUAAUAUCGCAGCAGUAAACGUGGCUGUUCCAUCGAGCGCACAGAGCUCACUGGAGGCCACUCACAAAAAAUAUAGAAAAACUGUUCACUGUCAAACUUCUAUUUCCAAAUAAGAUCCCAGAGAGGAGGUUAGGAUCACACUGAUUUGUGAGGUAAUCGGUCCGAUUGCUCUAAAUAUAUACGUUUUCAGUGAUCACAAAGAGUUUUUGUCCCAUGAUGAAGAUAUUUGCUGAUAUUUAUUCCAAAGAUCUGUGAUCUUGGAUCUUUGUUCUGAACUGAAUCCAGUAUUACACAGAUCGACCGAUGGAACCGAUCCAUUCCGGUACAAAAAAAGUUUUAAAUUGAAUAGAUUGUGGACAUCACAACUGUCUCUACAUUUGAUAACAAAGAUUAAAACUCAGACAGGUUAUACAAGUUCCCUCACAAUCUGACAGUUUGGAACGCUGCAAUGGGAUCUUUUUUUAAAUUUUUUAAACUCCGUUCUAUCGUCUUCACUCAAACUCACUGUUUUAUCAGCAGCAGCAACAGUGUAUCAUUGUAUUUUCAUUAUUAAUCACAUCACUGCUGUCCAAUGAAAUCGCUCUCCACCUCACCACCAAACACCUCAAUGUCAGGGUCAGAAAGUUUUGCUUCCCCUUCUCAUCGCUUGAUGCCAUGACUCUGUCACGAUUCACUGUGAAAAUCCAUUGGUCAGCAGGAUAAUUUAAUAUUCAUUAGUUGCUUUGCAUUGAACAUUUAUGGUUGAAAGUGGGCGUGUAGAGGGCGGACUGUGAUUUCUAAAGUGAACAUUGCGUUCAGGUGUGUACGCACGGUUUUAAAAAUCUGAAAAAAAUUCGGCUUUUGUACACACGUACACUUUGAGUAUGAAUCCUACUCACUGCUUUACAAAUGAGGCCCCUGAGCUUUUGGUGAGAAUGAUGCAGGUGUCCAUGUGCUGUAAACAAAAUUGCGUCCUGCCUCUGCCUGUUGCGCCACACCUCACCUGAACACUGGAGAUGUCAUUGUUGUUGUGAAUCUCAAACACCAGACCCAAUCCUACGGACAUACACUGGAGUUCAAGUCUGAAAACCUCUAUUAUGGCCUUUACCGUUGUUAGAUCUCAGUACAUCUCCAACAGAUGAAAACCUACAGGACAUUUCUGACAGAUGUGACAUCUCAAUCAUCAUCAAAAUACCAGUAUACCUUAGAAGAACCGUGUUUCAUCCCUCUAGUCGAGUUCAGACACUUGUGGAUUGAAUGCAAAGCACCAGUGAAGCUGUUGACACAUGUUGGCCCAACUCUUAACUCACCUUGUAUCGUUAUUUCCUGUAAUUUGUCACCUGUCUGUAUUUCCGUUACAGUUACUGAUGUAGCAUUGUGCCACCACUGUUUUAAUAACGUGCUUAUGUUAAGCCUUCUUAUAGAAGUUUAUACUAUAAAGACAAUUUAACAUGACAAUAGAUCAUGAUAACCUUUCUAAUAAAAUCCUAGUUAUAAAUA